AUGUCGCUUCCUAUUGGGCACAAGAGUAAUCCCGAGUCCGGGUACGAUGGACUUUAUGCGGACAUUCAGGAAGCCUUUAUUUUCCAUGCGGUUUGUUGGGAUGAGCUUUGUGGCUUUUUUGGCCCUGCAGGACCUGAUCUUAAACGGCUCUAUGCGGCUUGUAUACAUGACGAUUAUACUCCACGCCGAUUCCCGUUCUCCGUUGAUGGGAUACUUCUGCUCACUUCAUCGCCACCAAGGCCCUCGAUGCGGCGGAUCUGGAAACUUCGCAGCCAGUGUCCUAACCGUGCGGAAUCCAGCUGGGUUCAGACGACCCAUCUCAAACUCCUCGCACUACGAUAUAUACUCGAGCUCAAACAUCAGGGAAGAUGCAAAGGACGAUGCACGCGCAUUCUGCGUCUUUCGUACACCCAGUUUCCUCCGCCCGACUCUUCCGGAUGUCCAGACAUCUUCAGCCGGCUACCCGUCGAGAUACGCGGGGAGAUCGCACGCUACCUGUCCACGACCGACUUCUUCGCCCUCCGACUGGCGUCCCGUAAUAUGGCCUGUCUCUUCGAGGACCAGAAUUUCUGGAAAAGCCGGUUCUUCCAGACAGAUGAGCGGCCCGGCGUCGACCUCAUCUUCCGGCAACAGGGCAUCAGCACACGGGGCCCAAUCGACUGGCGCGCGCUCUACCGAUACCGCCCGUGCCAUGUCGAACAUCUGCAGAGAGCGGCGUACGGCCAGAUGAAGCGGUGGCAGAACAACACAUGGCUGAGAGAGAGAACGCUGUCAGCUCCCGGCCACCUGCCGUCCCUGCGGGACUUCAUGGCCGGGAAGUGCGACGCGUCGGCCAACUGUCCAUAUAAAUGUCGCAACACUCUCUCCCGGGAAUCGGUUAUGCUCCCGCAGCACGAUGUAGAGGUCGCCGUCUGGGUCAGCGGGGAUGACGUCGGCGAGCGCACGUAUGUGGCUGGCCUGGCGAUCUCGUCGCCGGACCAGCCUACCACCUACGUGGGGUAUCGUCUGGCCCAGGAGCCGGUCCGACUCCGAGUGCCGACCUUGCAGUGGAUCAAUGUCGCGUCGCACGAUGAUGACUCUGGGAUUGCUGGGAUCGCCAUCGCUAAUACGGAGCCUACGGAACCCUGGAGUGAGUUGACCUGGGCUGGUCAGCAUGAGGGGAUGACGGUUGUCACGCACGCGACGGUCAGCCGCUAUCUUGUUGUUCAUUGUCUGGUAGGUGAGGCGUCGCUUUGGUGUGCAUGA